UGCCCGCGGGGCUGCGGCUUUCUGCCCGCCCGGAGCGAUAGGGGAAGGACCGGGCACGGCUCCGGAGUGAGCUGGAAAACAAAGAUGGAUAAGAUACUGGAAGCUGUGGUGAUGUCCUCAUACCCCAACAAUGUGAAGCAAGGGCUUGUGAGGCGCGUCAUUGAGGCAUCAAAGCAGCCCAUGGACAGCGAGCAAUGCUGGUCCAUGCUGGAGCUGUGCACCAAGCUGUAUCUCGUGGGGGACACAAAAUAUAAAAGAGAGAUCGGGAAAGAGGUUUUGGAGGUCUAUGGCCACUACCACCCAGAGGAAUUUGAGGAGUUCUUCAAUGUCCGCUUCCUGCUGAGUCUCCUCCAGGAAGGCUAUGGGCCUCUGGGGAAGAGAAGCCAUUACGUACUUGAUUAUAUCCAGUUAGGACUGCAGUUUGUCUUGGAAAGUCCAUCAGCAAACAGCAUUUUCAGCUUACUGAGGAUCGAGGUGCUCCGCAAAGUCUGUGAGAGGCCCAGCCCCAAGCAGUGUGCAAAGAUCAGCAAACUCCUAACGCAACAUCCUCAGUGCAUCCCCACAGGCAAACACCAGGUCCUGUUCUGUCAGCAGCUGAUACGGUGCAUUGGGCAGUUUCAGUGUGUCUCUGAGGGGGAAGAUGACAUCAUGGAGUUUUUGGAGCAGGUGAACAAGGUGAGCGGUCUGCUGCAGAGGAUCUGGAGGACUCAGACCUCGGCCAUCCUGCCCUCGCUGAAGGAGCUGUUCACUAUCAUUUCUUCAACAGAGGAGCAGGAGGUGCCAUCCAAUGCCUUAGCCAGCGUGGUCCAAUUUGUCCCUCUGGAGCUCAUGGAUGGUGUCAUAAGAAACCUAACCAAUGAUGACAGCAUCACCGAUGUGCAAAUGAUGAUGGCCAUUGGCAGGAUGAUCGACUGGGUGUCAUGGCCCCUGGGGAAGAACAUAGACAAGUGGAUCAUUGCUCUGCUGAAGGGUUUGGCUGCAGUGAAAAAGUUCAGCAUCUUGAUUGAAGUUACUCUUUCAAAAAUUGAAAAGGUCUUCUCCAAGCUGCUGUACCCCAUCGUGAGGGAGGGGGCUUUGUCUGUCCUACAGUACAUGCUCUUGAGCUUCCAGCACUCCCAUGAAGCAUUUCACUUGCUGCUCCCUCACAUCCCCAAGCUGGUGGCCUCACUGAAGAAGGAGGAUUCCAACUCUGCCACCAGCUCCCUGGAGCAGCUGGCUGAGCUCAUCCACUGCAUGUUCUUCCGCUUCUCAGGAUAUCCAGAUCUCUAUGAACCAGUGUUGGAAGCUAUAAAAGCUCUUCCAAUUCCAAAUGAAGACCGGAUUAAACAUCUCUUGGGACAAAAUGCUUGGACCUCCCAGAAGAAUGAGCUGGCCUGCUUCUACCCACGCCUGGCCUCCAAAUCAGAGACAGGGAAGAUCGGCUUAAUUAACUUGGGAAACACUUGCUACAUGAACAGCGUCAUCCAGUCUCUUUUCAUGGCUUCGGACUUUCGGCAUUCGGUGUUGAAUUUAACUGAGGGCAUCUCCCAGCCCCUGAUGACAAAACUCCAGUGGCUCUUUGCAUUUUUGGAGCACAGUCAGCGACCUGCCAUCUCACCCGAGAGCUUCCUCUCUGCCUCCUGGCCACCCUGGUUCACCCCUGGUGCUCAGCAGGACUGCUCGGAGUAUCUCAAGUACCUCCUGGAUCGAUUGCAUGAAGAAGAAAAAACUGGAAAGAGGAUCUACCAGAAACUCAAGGAAUCCGGCUUGACGUCUCAAGCCACGGAGCAUCAUUCCUUAAACAAGACGUUGAUUGAGAAGAUGUUUGGGGGGAAAAUGACGACAAAGAUUCGUUGCUUGAAGUGUUUGAACAUCUCCUCUAGAGAAGAAGCCUUCACAGACCUGUCGUUGGCCUUUCCCCCUCCAGAUAGGCCCAUACAUGGACCAGGAAGCACCUCUGUUUUGCCCGUGGCAGAAGUCAGCCCACAGUUUAUUGAGCCUCACAAAUACCCAAGCCAGCCAACAGGGUCUCCCUGGGUCCGGAGGAAGCCCCCUGUGCCUGGAGAUCCCGCAGCCCAGCCGGUGCCGGUGGAAUCACUGGGUUUUCAGGAGCCCAGAGAACCAGCACAUCCCUUAAGCAACAGUGCUGCUGGCAUGGAUACAGCCAAAGAUCCUCACUUGGCUUUUGCGGAGCAGACAUGCGCUCCUAAGGACUCCCGAUCCGUCCCAGAUUUAAUCAACUAUUUUCUGUCCCCAGAGAGGCUGACAGCAGAGAAUCAGUACCACUGCGAGCAGUGUGCUUCCUUGCAGGAUGCUGAGAAGGUGGCAGAGCUGACAGAGGGCCCGCACUACCUCAUCCUCACACUGCUGCGGUUCUCCUUCGACCCGCACACCAUGAAGAGGAGGAAGAUUCUGGACAACGUCUCCAUCCCUGUGGUGCUUAAACUGCCCAUCCUUGUCAGCUCAGAGGAAACUGAGGACGUUUGCCGGCAUGGGGAGGUCAGGGCUGACCGGGGCAGCACCUUUGUGCCCGCCGUGUACGAUCUGUGCAGCGUGGUGGUGCAUUCGGGCAUCUCCUCCGAGAGCGGCCACUACUACUGCUACUCCAGAGAGUGCACUGACACCGUGCCCCACGCACCGCCCCGCGACGGGACACCAAAACCGGCUUCUGGCAAGCAGUUGGACUUUGAAAUCCCGUGGUACCUCUUCAAUGACACCAGGGUUUCCUUCUCCUCCUUUGAAUCAGUCAGCAAUGUGACUUCUUUCUUCCCCAAGGACACUGCCUACGUGCUCUUCUACAGGCAGCGGGAGGGCAGGCCAAGCUCCCCACUGCAUGAGGCUGUGGCAGAAGCCAGCCAGCUGCACAGCGAACUGUCCCUCAAUAAGGACUUGAUGGAAGCCAUCUCCAAAGACAACAUCCUCUACUUGCAGGAGCAGGAAAAAGAGGCGAGGAACAGAGCUGCCUACAUUUCCACCUUGCCAAAAUCCCCUCUGUGGUGGAGAGACUUUGAGAGGGACAAGGAUGAUGACAGCUCACCAGGAGGAUGCAGUCCUGGAGGGGGUGGAGGUGGAUCUGGCUCUUUUCAUGGACUUGUCUUCUAGCAACCAGUGUCUAUCAGACAGCCCUUGUCCAUUGGGCGGACCCAAAGCUGAAGGCUUCUCUUUCUCACCUCGGUGUCAGUGAGCAACUCAGGAGAGAAUUUGGGGAACAAUGCAAUGGAAAAAGACUCAGGGGCUGAUUUGGAGACUAUUAUUGGCACCUGGAGGUUUCUACUGCUUUCUAUGCACUUAACGCCUUAAAUUAAGCCCUGCAGCUAAGCACCUGAGAGACAAGCGUCUGCCAACAGCUUGAAGAAGUGCCCUUCUG